AUUAUAGUGUGACACCAUUUGAACAACGUGACCUUCUCUUAUUUUUGGACAAGCAUGAACGUCGCGACGAGUGGACGAAACAAUAUCUAAGACUUAAAAAUGUAGAUUACAUUUUACUGACUGUAAAACGGAGAGACCCGGGUUGAUGGCACGUAAGGACAAAGUGUCCGUCUGUAUUUCCUCUCGUUAGUACCGUACUUCGCUGCAGUUCAAUACAGUUCAUCACAAUGUUACGGCUUUUCACUAACCCGGCUUGUUAUGAACUGUGGAAAGGCGGUUUCUCUUUGGCGUCCCGUGUUACAAAGAGACAAGUCAGAACUUCUCUCCUAGGCAGCAUCGCCGCUCUCCACCGGCCGCACAUUUCCGCUGGUCGCCUCAACACCGGGAUCCCGGUGUGGAAAGAUGCCCCUCAGUCGGAGAGCGACCGACCCCAAGAGAUGCACACUCUGGAUCUGGACAAAUGGAAAUCCGUAAUGAAAGCCCGAGCGGCACCAGAAAAGACCAGGCGAAGCGCCGAGGACGAGGGUGGACACCUCAAAGAACAAGGCGUUGUUUCUAAAGACGGCUCCUCGCUCGAGGCGACCCGCGAUCUGGUCGCAAUGUGGCAGCAAGCCGGCAAAACUGUGCCUCAAGAGAUGACCGACGAAGAGGUUCAGACGCUGUCCGAGCUCACCACCAAGUCCUCCAGGAGGAAGUACCUGAAGUACCUGGCCAUCAGGGAGGGCCACAAAAGGGCCCGCAAGGAGAAGCAGCUGCAGAAGAAGACGGCGAGGGAGGCCUCAAUGGAGCAGAGCGGCGGACAGGACGGCGAUGCCGAGGAAGAGAGAGGACCUGAGCUGAAAAACCACUUGAUCAUGCAUUUCUGGGACCGCUCCAUGGACAAGCUCUUUGGCUGGAGGACCGCCCAGGCCAUGGUGUUCGGUCAGCCGCUGGUGUUUGACAUGAGCUAUGAUUCCAACAUGGCCAAGCGGGAGUUGGAGAACACGGUGUCCCAGCUGAUGGAGGUGGAAGGGUGGAACCGGCGGGCCACUGACCCUUACCACCUCCACUUUUGCAACCUGCAGGAGGACGGAGCCUACAAGAGAGAGCUGGUCAAACGCUACGGCGCGGAGGCCUGGGACCGCCUGCUGGUCACCAGCACCGACCAACAGCACGUGGAGCGCUUCCCCCGGGAACGUCUGGUGUACCUCACCGCAGACUCCCCCAACGUCCUCCGCACGUACGACCACUCCAAGGUCUACAUCAUCGGAGCCCUGGUGGAUCGCUCGAUCCAGUCAGGCUUGUCGUUGGCCAACGCCAAGCGUCUGAAUCUGGCCACGGCCCGUUUACCGCUGGAUGAGUUCCUGCACUGGGAGGUGGGAGCCAAAAAUCUGACUCUGGACCAGAUGAUCCGCAUCAUGCUCACUUUCAAGGAGACGGGGAAAUGGGAGGAGGCGCUGAUGUUCGUGCCGAAGAGGAAGUAUGAUGGCUUCCACCAGCAACGGACACAGAAAGACGGCGGCAACAACAGAGGAAAAGGCGUCUCGAAUCACGGCCCAAGACCGGAUGGUGGCAGGCCGCUUAGGUUUGAAGAAAGAAACGGUGACAGGAAGUUUAAAUACGAGGGCCAAACUCUUCCCAGACCCGCUCAAGAGUCUGGGCUCAGUGGGAGCGACCGGUUGGCCGGACGCCCCCGCGACAGAGAAAACAAACCAGCCGCAACCAGAAUACGGACAUCGCUGAAGAGCACCAUGGGGGGGAAGAAAGGUGCUGGCGGAGGCAACAUGUGGUGGGAUACGGAGUAAAGUCGAUACAAAUUGUAACUUGGGAUAAGAAGGAUAACAAGUGGCGUCUGAGAAAAUGUCAAAAUCUGAGACAAGCGGUUAAAAUUGUAAUAGGCAGUCGAUGGGGCUCACUGACUGCUUUAUUUCAGAGUUAUUACAAGAACAAGACAUUAAAAACAAAGUGGUAGCUACUUUGGUCUUUAUUUUUGGUCCAACAUGGAAAACAAAAUGUAUAAAUAAUUUUCUGGUGUGCCUUUAGAGUAAACCAGUCACCAUCAAUUCCACAGACCAAAUAUACCAAACCAUCGAUACAGCUUGGUUUUGAACAGCAUUUUAAAUAGAAUCACCCAAAAUAAAUGACAUGAUUCAAUAAAAAAUAUUUAAAAUA